GCGGGGUGCCCUGGCUCCGGCCCUCAGGGGAGGUGCGCUGAGCGCUAGCUGCAAUGGCAGCAAUUUCCUGGUGGACGGUGACCCGGCGGUGGCUCCCCGCACCUGACGGCAGCGAGGAGUUUUUGGUGCCCGCAGCUGGAGUGAACAUGGGGAAGUUUUUGUGGGCUCUCAUCCUCCCCUGGUGCCUGCUUAGCACAAGCCAUGCUCAUUUUGGAGGUUCCAGCUUCGGAACAGUUCAUCAUGAUCAAGGAGGAGGGGCCAAAGUGGGAACUGAAAACUUCCACUGGAAACUUCCAACAACAGUCAUCAACAAAGAUUUCCUCGCUCAAGAAGGGCUUCUGGGAGCCAUCAUUCUUAACAACCAGGAUCUGGUCAGGGAGCGGAAAAUGCCAUUUAAGAUCCUCCUAGGCAGCAGGAACUUGGGAAAAGAUCACCUCCUGGAGGCAGCUGGGCCUCUGGCUCUGGAAGGUCUGCUCUGCAAAGGUUCUCUGGGGGGCCUCUGUGGCCAUGGGAGUCUUGUUGGCAUCAAUGAUGUUCUGAAGACCAAGAUUCCUUUUGGAAAACCCAAUAGCUGGCUCAAAAUCACCGACUUUGACAUUGCCCGGGUGUCAUGCAAGCCUCAUCCUGUAUCCGAACUCCAACUGAACUUUCAGACCAAAUUGACCAUCACUUUCCCUCGGAUCCUCAACUUUCUUAGUGGUUCCAUACUGGAUGUGAACAUCGGGGUCCCCUUCACAAUGCUGCAGACCAAGCCUGGCCAUGCCUCCAUUGCCCCAAGGAACUGCGAGCCCAUCUUCAACAAGAUCCACGUGCGAGCCAGCCCGCUCUCUGCAAUGGUGGAAACUGUGCUGAAAUGGAUGCUGGAGAAUUCCCUCCCCAACAUGCUGUGCCCAGUGGUCCAAUUCUGGUUCUACAUCAUCAAUCAACAGCUGACCAUUAUGAGAAAUAUCCAUUCGCCCGGGUUACUUACAGACCUCCACUCUGCUUUCUCCCAUAUGCCCAAGUCACCUGAGCCGUACUACCACCUGGACUUUCAGGAUAAAUACUUCCCGGCCUCUUUCAUUAACUGGCUGAUUGAAAGACAAAAGAUGUUUCAGCUUUGGAAACUUGUUCUCUUGUGGGCCCUCCUCACUGGAACAUCAGCAUCACUUCUGGGGACCCUUGAGAAUGAUCUGAGUAAUGCUGUGGACAAACUGAAACCUGCUCUUGAGAAAGGACCUGAAAGGGUCGAGAAAACCCCGGAAGCUGUCCUUCAGAAAAUAAAUGCUGACAUAAAAGUGCUCCAGGACCCCAAGACUUGGGAAGUGCUCAGGGCGAAGAUCAGGAGAGUUAAGAGCUUGGUGGACAAGGACAUUUCUAAGCUGGUUUCAACUUUAGAGAAGUCUUUGGGGUUGAAAAUCGGCAAUGCCAGCAUCCUGGAAAUCAAUGGUGAAGCGUCUGCUGAUGGAAAAGGCAUUGACUUUAGGAUCCCCGUCUCCGCCGAAGUCACCCUGACCCUGGGAGUAUGCCUUUGCCCCUGGGAUUGGAGAGAGGCAGUGCAGCGGGGCCACCGGAGACCCGGUCUGGGAAGCAGGCCCCUUUCCUCUCUGCUCUGUGGCCUUAGAUCUCAGUUUCCCAAUCUGCCUCUCAUUGGAAAUGUUGUCCACCUGGAGGCCUCUUUGGACAUCCUGACUGGAGUCAGACUCGAAACCAAUAACCAGACCAGUCUCCCCACUGUGGUCCUGGAAGAGUGCACCAGCGACCCAGCCAGCAUCCAGCUCACCAUGCUGGACUCUACCAACAAACUGAUUGAUCGCAUCGUGGAAACCCUGAGCAGAGUCUUGGACAAGGCCGUGUCCUUCCUGGUGCAGGAUGCGGUGUGCUCAAUAAUCCGCAAGUCCACCCACACCCUGGAUGUGGACGAGAUUCAGAGACUCAUCAGUAAGUCACGGCCUGGUGAAGGGGGGCUUUCCCUUUGUGGCGGCUGCAAGGGCAGCCAUGCAGCUCUGUGCCCCACCCCACCCCCAGGCAGGCCUGGACAGGGCCUGGGGAGAGCCUGCCACCAGGGACCCUGGAGAAGCAAAGCAACCCACCUGUCCUGA